AUGCACCCUUUCACAUCAACACCACAACCGACCGUCGUCAUGAUUCGCUCAAGGGGCAUUGCCCGUGGCGCUGUUAGAACGCUUCAUAGAGCGCCAUGGGUUUGUCCGCAAUGUACUCCGCGCCGCGCAUACUCCAAACAACCCCCGCCGCGCGAACCUCCUGACCAUCGCAAGCUCGGUCACCAGCAGGAACUAUUCAUCCAGUCAAAAUACAGCCCCGGAUCGCCAAUCUUUCUUCCCAAUGGCGCGCGAGUCUUCAACCGCCUAGUCGACUUCCUACGCAAGCAGUACGUGCGAUACGGAUUCGAGGAGGUCAUCACGCCGACCAUCUACAAGAAGUCGCUCUGGGCCAAGUCGGGCCACCUCGAGAACUAUGCCGAUGACAUGUACACGGUGACGGGGAACAUCAAUCCAGCUGCUACAGCAUCAAGUACAUGUUGUAGCAGCUCAGACGGCAAACAACCGGCGGAAGGCGAAGAAGACGACUCCGAAUUCGGCCUCAAGCCCAUGAACUGCCCCGGCCACUGCCUCAUCUUUGCAUCGAAGCUACACAGCUACCGCGACCUUCCUGUUCGAUACGCCGACUUUAGCCCAUUGCAUCGCAACGAGAUUUCAGGGGCUCUCUCUGGCCUUACACGCGUGCGCCGCUUCCACCAAGACGACGGCCACAUCUUCUGCAGACCGUGCCAAGUCGAAGACGAGAUCAAGAAAACACUGGACUUUGUCAAAGUCGUAUAUACCGUGCUUCAGCUAGGCGUGAGCUACCGCCUUGCUCUAUCGACACGGCCCAAGGAACACUAUAUUGGCACCGCCGAGGAAUGGGACAGAGCAGAAGAUGGUCUGCGUCGCGCGCUGGAUGCCUCCGGCAUGCCAUGGACAGUCAACGAAGGAGACGGCGCGUUCUACGGCCCGAAGAUUGACAUUGUACUCAAAGAUUCUGAUGGAAAGGAGCACCAGACAGCAACGGUUCAGCUGGACUUUCAGCUACCGAAGCGAUUCGAGCUUGAGUACCAAGCACCGGCUCCCGAGUUUGAAGCCCGCGGCGAGACGACAACCGACCCUGCACUCCUUGCCGAAUAUGGUCCUGUUCGCCCCGUUAUGAUUCACCGUGCUGUUCUCGGAUCGGUAGAGCGCUUGUUGGCCCUCCUCAUUGAAAACUACAACGGAAAGUGGCCCUUUUGGCUCAACCCGCGCCAAGCCAUUAUCCUCACCGUCAACACGACCGAUCCCGUAUUAGAAUGGGCCGAUACAGUCAGAAGUGUUCUUGUUGGCAACAUUCCCCGCUCCUAUGAUGGCAAGGAAGCCGAGCCCUUACCACAAGGCGUUGCUCUUUCUGGUCAAACCGGCCUGGCAGUGGAUAUGGAUACAACAGCACGGUCUCUCGGAUUGAAGAUCCGUGAGGCUCGCAACAGUGGUUACAGCCAGAUCCUGAUUGUCGGUGAAGAGGAUGUUAAAAACCGGCAGGUCAGCCUGGGCAAGGAGCGCUUCGCGCCUGGACAGCUCCGUGACAAGAUGCUCGAAAUGGUAGACACCUUUCAGUAA